GAAAGCGUACACGAGCACGAGCAGCGGAGAGCAGCAUCCUGCGAAACUCUACACACACAAAGAGAGCGUGCCGUCGCCACACACGACACUCCAGAUGCUGUGUUAACGCCGCGGAAUUUUUAGUACUAAAAUGUAGAGGCAUCCAAACACUUUGCCAGUUCAUAGUCGGAGUCUGUGCGGUCCUGUGAACGCAGCGCGCGUUGAUGAAACUGAAAUGAGAUGAGAUGAAGUAAAAUAUAAUAAAAAUGUGUUGAGCAUGUGGACUGGGUGAAACGGAGUCGUAAGCGAAGAAGAAAAACGCAGAAAAAAGAAAAAAAUUAAAAGUGGAAUUUAAAUCGUUUAAUAUGUGUGAAAUCGCAUUGAAUGGCGAGCGAAAAAGCAAUGUGAAAAGCGAAAACUGAAAAUCGCAUUAAUAAAGAGCCACGCAAAAAAAAAAAGAAAGAAGAAAAUCGAAAGAAAGAAAAAGUACCGCUUCAAUUGCUGCUUUCGACAGUUAUGAAAAUCUCUGGAGAAACUUGAAAUGCGAUUACGGGCGAAAAAUUUGCAUUUGUAUGUUGUGCGGAAAAUUUCGGGUAAAACAUAAUUUAUCAUUGCAUACUUUGCAGCUGGCCGCGGCCGAGCAGCUGUUUUUCGGAGAGGGGUAAAAUCGCAAUCAGAAUCGCAAUCGAUGCCAAAUGAUUGCCACGUGCUAAUGGCAUGCAUGUCCCCGCAUGUCCAAGCAUGUCCGAGCAUGUCGCAUUGCAAGCUUAUCACUCGCUUAAUUAUGCAAACAAAGCAGCAGCAUCAGCCGCAGAAACAACAAUAACAGCAACAAGACGUUGAACUAGCGUUGCCAAUUAUUCUCAAAAAACGAGAAAGGCAGCCAGACAACAAAGAGACAAAGCCACAAUAGCAAAUGGCAAUUGGCAAUCCAAUCUCCAAAAAUAAACGAAACGAAAAACUAACCAACAAAAAAUAAAUAAAAUAAAAGAAAAGCGAAAAUAGAAAUAUAAACGCUGUAAAGUGCACGAAAAAGAAGCUGGAAGUUAUUUCGUUUGGAGGGGGAGACAACAAACGUGUGUGCGCAAAAUUUGUCAUCAAGCGACACAGCAGCAGCAGCAGCAACAACAGCAACAACUACAACAACAAGAACAGCAGCAGCAGCAGCCCCCGCGCGCGCGUAGAACAAAAGAAAACGUAGCAACGUUCCAAGGCAGCAUCCCAAAAACAUACCAACACACAGACAGCACACACACACAUACACGUACACUGAGAGACACUCACACAGACGCAGUCACGCGCACAUUUCGAGGCGCAUAAGCUUCGCACUUGACUUGAACAUUAAACGUGUACGGCAUGCUCCCCUCACUCCUCCUCACCAUCACCCCCAACGAAUGUGAAAGCAAGGCAUGGUAAUCGAGGCGUACUUUAUACUGCUGCUGCUUGCGCUGCUGCCGAAGCGGCCGCCGCAGAUUAUCGCGGUCUGCAUUGUGCGCCUGUGAAGAGCUCCCAAAAAACCAAAAAAAAAAAACGAAAAAACGAAAAUAUUUGACAGCUGUCAGCGCGUUCGUUCUGUGCUUCUUCUCCUUCUGCUUCACCUUCUUCUUCGCAGUCGCCGUCGCUGUCGCCAUGUUGUUGUUGUGACGGUUCGGUUCGGUCGUUGCUCGCGCCUCCUGCUGCAUAUGUGUGUUGUAUGUGUGAUGCAUGUGUGUGAGUGCGGCAUAGUUUUUGUUCCACUUGAGAGCAAGGUCAGCCGUCAUGCAAAUUGAAAAGCGCCUAAGCAAAAGCAAAACAGAAGCUGUGAGCAGCAGCAACAACUGCAAAAGUAAAAGCAUCAUCAGUAGCAGUAGCAUAAAAAACUGACGUCGUCGAUUCGCCGUCGCCGUCGUCGCCGCACGCAGCGAAAAUGUUUGAGAAAUAUGUCGCCACAUAUGUGCGCGUGUGUGAGCAAGUGAAAUUAAAAUUCCCGCAUGCCUAAUGAAUUCUCUGCGAAAUGUGCCCAGCAACAACAACAACAACAACAACAACGACAACAAUAAGAACAACAUUUGUGGCCCCCUUGUCAUGUGUGUUGUGUUAUGUGUAACGCUGACUUCCAAAUGAUGGACGCCGCAUACUAAACAAUGGCGUGCUAACCAGUGUAUAGCAACAACAACAACAGCAGCAACAACAAUAAGUACAACAACAGCAACAAGCUGAAAAGAAAGUGAAACCUGCAACGAGCUGGCAAAGCGAGGCAGAAACACACAAAAAAUAGAAAUAGAUUCGAAACGUCGCGUAAGCAAAACAAAAGAUAACGAAACGAGACACAAGGAGCACAUCCAGUGUUGGUUAAGUAAUAACUGUGAGACAAUUGGAAUUGAAACGAAUACCGUUAGAGCGCCAGCAGGCAGUCAAGCAUUCAGCCAUCUCAAAAGCGCCUCAAGGACAUAAUAUACGACACACCAACAACAACAACAACAGUAGCAGCAAGUCAGCCAGUCAGCAAGCAAGUAAGGAACAACAAGCAACAAGCAGGUUGUGAGUGCAAAAAAGAAGGAGAAGGAGGAGGCGCAAGCAUCCGGUGCUGUGGGCAUGUCCACAGCCAAAAGACUGGUGCUCUCGUUACGUGGACGCAAGAACUCGCAGGGCAACUCGGCCACAUCGUCAACGCGUCUGGUAUCCGCCGGCACAUCGCCAGGACAUGAGCUGGAUGAAAUAGCCGUUGUCUCCGGCACCGGCUCGACCAGCCAUCAUUUCUCCUAUGGCGGCUGCAUUGGCAACAACAACGACGCCGCGGUUGUGGCCCUCUAUUCAACAGCUGAACGUAGCAAGGCCACGCCCACUGGCAAAUUGUGCCGUGUUGCCGCCAUCGACGGCGACGCUGACGUUGAUUUCGAUGCUUCGAGUGACUCUGACGUCAAUGAUUACGAUGAUGAUGAUGAUGAUGAUGCGGACUCUGAUGACGAUGAUGAUGACGACGAUGAACGAUGGCGGCCAAGAGCAUUGAAUGACGACAGAGAAACCACAACAACGCCAAUAGCAAUACAUCAAAACAACAAUAAGUUAAAAUCGACAGAAACAGCAACAGCAACAGCAACCAAAGCAACAAAAACAACGAGUACACAAAAAUUAGCGCCUCGCGCGAGUUUUCCGGAAAUAAUGCAGCCUCGUCUAUCGUUAAACGGCAUGUUGAAUCCGCCGUAUCCAUCGUUGAUGCCAUCGCCGCGUCCGCUAUAUCGCGACCAUAGCUCCAGGUCGAUCAAUCCGCUGACCGCAUACGAGCAGCAAAUGGCCGAGCUCGAUGGCAGCUUCUAUGGCAGCAAUGCCGCAUAUUUGGGCGCUGGCAUGGGCGGCAGUGCUGGCGGCGCCACAACUUGCACCAAUUUGACUGUGGGUGGUGCAACUGGGCAGUCAACUGCCAACUGUGAUGCAGCAACUGCAAUUGGUGGAGGAGGUGGAGGUGGAGUUGGAGUUGGUGCUGGUGUCAACAACAACACUGCUAACAGCUCUGGUGGUGGUGCCUUUCACACAACCGAACUGUCAAUCACACCAACAAUGCCCGCUGAUGAGCAGUUUAUCGAUUUGGGUAGCCUGCGUCGCUUCUCAAUCGAUCGACAGAGCUUUCUCGAUCUAGGACCCAAGUUUGGCAUGUCCCAGCCGAAAUUCGGCCAGAGCGUCUCGCAACAAGGUUUCUUCACGUCGCAUGACAGCCUGGCCACACCAUGCGCCUCACGAGCAUCCAACUCGCAUAUGGCCACCGUAAGCACUGCCUCCGAAAUGGAUUUACUGCACAACAAGCAACGGCACAACAACAAAUCGCGCGGCCGUCUGAAAACCACAAGUGGCGAUCAGCCGCUCCUGGGCACCUGGAAUCGUUCCACUGGCCGCGGCUCGCAGGAUAACACGUUGUCCGGCGGCGGCGGUGCCACCAGCGUACUUAUGGGCCACAACCAGUACGGCGGCAACUACUGCAACGGCACCGAUCGCUACCCGCGCUCGCGUUCGCAGCAGCAAUCGCACCACAAUGCCGGUCAGCAGCCGCACCACCCAUACCAGCUGCAGCACUCUGCCUCCACGGUGUCGCACCACCCGCACGCUCACGGCCCGCCCUCGCAGGGCGGUCCAGGGCCACCUCAUGGCGGCCAUCCACACCAGACACCGCAUGGCGGCGGCGGCGGCAGCGGUGGAGCUGGUGGCGGACAUGCGGCACAGCCGCAUCACCAGAAACCGCAUCGCACUGCCUCGCAACGGAUACGCGCCGCGACAGCUGCCCGCAAACUGCACUUUGUGUUCGAUCCGGCGGGGCGGCUCUGCUACUAUUGGUCGAUGGUGGUGUCGAUGGCCUUUUUGUACAACUUCUGGGUGAUAAUUUACCGCUUCGCCUUCCAGGAGAUCAAUCGACGCACGAUUGCGGUCUGGUUCUGUCUGGACUAUCUGUCCGAUUUCCUCUAUCUGAUUGACAUAUUCUUUCAUUUUCGCACCGGUUACCUGGAGGAUGGUGUCCUGCAGACGGACGCACUGAAGCUGCGCACUCACUACAUGAACUCAACAAUCUUCUACAUCGACUGCCUGUGCCUGCUGCCGCUGGACUUUCUCUACUUGUCCAUUGGCUUCAAUUCGAUAUUGCGCAGUUUUCGGCUGGUGAAAAUUUACAGAUUCUGGGCAUUCAUGGAUCGCACCGAACGGCAUACGAAUUACCCAAAUCUGUUUCGUUCGACUGCCCUGAUACACUAUCUGCUUGUGAUAUUCCAUUGGAACGGUUGCCUCUAUCACAUCAUACACAAGAACAACGGAUUCGGUUCACGCAAUUGGGUCUAUCACGACUCGGAGUCCGCGGAUGUCGUCAAGCAAUAUCUGCAAAGCUAUUACUGGUGCACGCUAGCGCUGACGACAAUUGGGGAUUUGCCGAAGCCGCGAUCAAAGGGCGAGUAUGUGUUUGUGAUAUUGCAAUUGCUAUUCGGCCUGAUGCUGUUUGCCACCGUCUUGGGGCAUGUGGCAAACAUUGUGACGUCUGUGAGUGCGGCGCGCAAGGAGUUUCAAGCCAAGCUGGAUGGAGUUAAGACGUACAUGCGCAUGCGGCGUGUGCCGAAUCAUCUGCAGGUGAAGGUCAUCAAAUGGUUCGAUUACCUGUGGCUCACGCAAAAAUGCUCGGACGAGGAGCGCGCCGUAUCCUGUCUUCCUGAUAAAUUAAAGGCUGAAAUAGCAAUUAACGUCCAUUUAGAUACACUUAAGCGGGUUGAGAUUUUUCAAAACACUGAAGCUGGUUUCCUUUGCGAAUUGGUGCUACGCCUGCGGCCCGUGCUCUUCUCACCGGGCGACUACAUUUGCCGGAAAGGCGAGGUGGGCAAGGAGAUGUACAUUGUGAAUCGUGGACGAUUGCAGGUUGUUGCUGACAAUGGCAAGACGGUGAUGGCCUCGUUAAAGGCAGGUUCCUAUUUCGGCGAGAUUAGUAUACUGAAUAUGGGCACCGCAGGUAAAGAGCUUGGCAACAGACGCACAGCCAGCGUUCGCUCUGUGGGCUACAGCGAUCUGUUCGUGCUGAGCAAAAAGGACAUGUGGGACGUACUAAAGGAGUAUCCGGCGGCGAGAGUGCGCUUGGAGUCGAUUGCUGUCAAGCGACUGGAGAAGUACAAGAAAGCGCCACUGGAGAAAGUCAAAUACUUUAAUGUAGUUGCCAUGGGCCGCUGCCAAUCAACGCCGGGUCUGGUUGAGAGCUGUGGCCGCACCACACUGGAGGACAUGUGGCUGCCGCCGGCCUCCGCGUUGCAUCAUGCGCAGCAACAGCAUCAACAACAGCAACAACAGCAGCAGCAGCAUCAGCAGCUACAACAGCUGCAGCAACAGCAGCAACCACUGCAGCCACAACAAUUGCAACAGCAGCAGCAACAACAACAGCAAUCCCAUGGCUACAGUCCCCGCAGCUAUGCGGAUCAUCUAGUGCGCUCCACCGACUCGCCCCGCUCGGCCAGUCCUAGUGCCCAUGGCUCCGAGGAGCGGCCACGCAGUCGGGCCACCUCACAUCACUCGAUGCGACCGCAAUCGCAGCCCAGUCACACAGGUCACAUUUGCGACUCGAGCUCGCAGCUGGAAUGCUACGGUGCGGGUGUGAGUGGCGUCGGCGGUGGCACAACACCGUUGCUGGGUUCACACGAGGCGUUAGAGGAUGAGAUUAAGCGGCUGAGAGAGCGCCUUCACACGGUGGAGUCGGAGAAUCAGGCGCUCAACACAAAGCUCUCGCAGCAGCAAUGGGAUCUAGAGAAUCGACUGGCCGAGAUCGAGAUGCAGAUCUGCGGUGUGUCGUCCACGUCCAGCGUGGAUCCGGACAAUGAGGCCGAGGAGCUGGAGCGCAAUCGCGAGAGUAUCAUAUAACACGGGAGCGUGCUGCCCCAUCAGCGACAGCCGAUCGGUAUGCUGUACAUAUCAUGUUCCUCAUGACUCCAUGACUCCAUCGCUCGCUCAUUCGACAAACCGAACCAAAGAAACCGAAUCAAAGAAUGCUCAGAAGGGAGAAAAUUGCGGAAUCUCGCCUCAUAUUAACAUUUGCAUCUCUCUCUCUCUCUCUCUUUGUGUCUGACUGUUAUCGCUCUCUCUCUCUGUGUUCUCACUCGCUGUGUGUGUGUUUCACGUACCCUGAACGAAGAAUGCUAUUUUGUAUUUGUAUCUUUCUCUCUUUCUGUGUGUGUGUGUGUUUGUGUGUGUGCGUGUGGUUGAAACAUUUGCCAAAUUUGCCUUACUAACUGAAUGACCCUAAAUAACACCGCGAACAGGAGCAGCAGCUGCUAGCCCAACGCAGGAGGAACAGCAACAACAACGCCAACAGCAACAGCAACCUGGUCAAAUAUUGCGACGCAUGCAACGCGCCAGCAACAAUGCAACACAGACAACACAUGAGCAGCAACUGCAACACCAACAACAGGCAGCAACAAGUGCCAAAUAUUGCUCGCUGUAAGGAGAGACAAUGAGAGAUGGCGAGAAAAAGAUAUAUAAGCAUAAUAUUUAACGAGUGUAAAGAGAAUCGAUUGAGAUCGCUUGUGUUAUGAGAUCAUUCACCACUAAAUGGCACUGCCAGAAUUGUUGUUUAGCCACUGCACCAGAUUGAAUGGUCUGCGCAUUAGGUAAAUGCAAUAUGUACUAUAAAAGGAUUAUUUAUAAUGCAUCCCAUUUGCUAGAUUAGUUCACAACUCUUUCGAUUCCAAAUAACCCAAAAAAGAUAAAAACUAAGUUAGGACUUUUUAACAAAACUAAAUAAUUAUAUUAAUUAAUGACUAUUAUAGACAUUAGAAACUAUCGGAAAAAGCUUUAACGAACAUUCCGAGGAACCCAACUUAAAAAGGAGAAAUCAAAAGAAAAGUUAAAUGAAAUCUACUCAUGAUGAACAACAACCCUCUAUACUAUAUACAUAUACAUAUAACUUCAACUUUUUCCAUGUAUACAUAGGCGUAUUUAGAUAUAUAUAAAGAGCAUCAUUAGCAUUAGUUUCUUCGUUACUUUUAAUAAUGAAAACCAAAAUUUAAAUUAACUAAAAUUCUACAUUUAAUAAUACAAAUAAUUACGAGAGCAUUGUAAAUAUUUUCAGUCUAAGGAUUCAAUUAGAAAAUAUCAAAAAAUAGAACAAAAAAUUAAAUAUAAAUAUAUACUUAAUUAUAAUUAAAUUUAAUUUAAAAUUAUAUAAUGAAAUAAUUAGUGUAUUGUAAUAUUUGCUAAUGUAAUUGUAAUUUGACAAAAACCAAAUUUACUAGAUGUGUAUAUGGGAAACGAUUUACUUUAAAAUUGAAAAUAAUAUUUAAACAAUUUAUGAAGAAAACCAAAAAUAAGCUAACAACCAAAAAUAUUUGCAAAAUAUUUGUACUAUUGGAAAAGAACUGCCACUGCAUACAAGACACAACUAGAAAAAAUAAUAAAAAGAAAUUUAGAAAAACAUAAACAAAAUUACAUUAUACACCAUAUAAGAAACAGAAAACGAAGAAAACAAAUUUCAAUAAAAGGUUAGAAAAGCUGUCGAAAGAAGGAGAACUUUUAAUGCAAUAUUAUAUUGUACUACUAUAUUAGUAUAAAAUAAAUGAUAUAUGAUAUUAUAUUGUAUGGGAUGGUGGUCCGAUAUGUCUACUGAUCGAUCUAAAUGUAUUGUAAUUUAGUUAGUUGCCAAGCUAAACGAAUGCUGAACACACAAAAACACUCACAUUUAAGAGAGGAUUAGUUUAAAGUGAAGCGGAAAAGUGAAGAAGGUUCUGUAGCAGAACUAAGCGAAGAUUUUGGAACCCAUAAUAUGGGGACACGCACUGCAGGCUUAAGUGAUCGAAGAAGAAAAAGAAGAAGACCGAAGAAUUUAGCUAUUAAACUCUAGACAUUAACUAUUAACUAUACUUACUUAGUUACCAUUAGAUGUGUACAAGAGAAGACCAAAUAAUAUUUCAGAAUUGUUCUGUGUCAACACCAAUAAACAAAAACACCAACACGAAAACACACACACACACACACAUACACAGACACACACACUCACACUCGAAUCCAAAGUAAUAAUUACGAGUAUAUACGUGAAAUGAAAUGAAAAACUAUGCUAUUAACUUAUGUGUAUCAAUGAAGUAUGCAAUUGAUUGAUUGAGUGUCUAUAAGCCGCUAGUUAAUGUGCUAUUGAAGCUCCGAGCUGCGAGCAAAUCCCAUGUAGAAAAAUGAAUGAAAUUACCUAAAAAAAAUCUAAAAAAGUAUAUAAUGAAAAUCUAAUUCACUUCAUGCUGAAAGAAUAGAAACACAAAAUUUUGUUAGCAUUUCUCUUAGAUUUAUCUUCUUUGUUCUUUUUUCGGAAAAGAAAGCAACUACCAAAGAAUACAUAAUUCAGAAUUCCUUUUCAUACUAGUUUAAACCAAAUUGUAUUUCGAAACAUUAUUGCAAUUUAUUAUAAAGCAAAACAAGGAAAAAGCAAAAAAAAAAAAAAAAAAAACAAAUGACAUAAAGUUUAUUCAUUAAUAUGCCUACAUUAAUAAUUACAAUAAACAUAAAAUGGGGUUUCAUCUAAGACGAAAAAAUGAAAAAAAUAAAAUGAAAGGAGAAAGAAAAUAAGCAGAAAUUAAAUGAAAUGAAAUUACGCUAAAACGUUGUUGAAGAUAUUUUCAUUGAUUUAGUUAGCCAAGUGAAGUAAAACGUUAUUAUUAAAUAAUAUUAUUAAAUUUUAUUGCUUCUUAGCAUGCUUAUAAAUAGCACAAAAUACAGAGAGAAAUACAGUGGAGAAGAGGAAAUGGAGAAUCCUCUCUCUCUCUCUCACACUCUCUCUUUCUAGCCAUUCUAAAUGUCUGCAAAUGUUUGUUGGCUUUUCUAUUUGGUUAGCUCAAAAGGUGUUUUGUUAAUGGAUUUGUUAUGAGGAAGAAAGAGAUAAGAAACUACAUCGAUUUGGUUGUGUUGUUGCAAAUAUAAAAGAGGAAAUGUUUCGGAAAGUUGAAGCUGAUAAGAAUUACAGAAUGUUACUCGAGCAUGUGCUAAAUGAUUUAAUUCAUACAUUAAUUUAAUGCAUUAUUGUACUAUUGAGAAGAGCAAAGAAACCAACAACAUUUAUAGCUUUAUUUUGUGACUAUAAAUUAAUUAAAUAAUUUAUAAGAGAUUAUACAAUAAAUUAAUUCAGCAUGACUUCAUUAUCAAAAAAAUAAAACUUAUGAAGAAGGCAAAAGCAAAGGCAUAAUAGCAAAAUGAAAUGAAGAGAAACGAUAACAUAUAUUAAAUUAAUGGCAUUUUUUAAGAUAAUAUAUAAUACUUAUGUAUUCAGAGCAGUCAGCGCCGAUUUGCAGCAAGUGAAUCGAGCUUAUACACCAACAACAUCAUCAACAACAAAAACAACAACAGAAUAUAAGUAUAUACUUAUACAUAUAAUACAAAAGAAACUGUACCCAGGUACACUCUCAUGUACUUACAUACUUAUAUGAUCGUGUUCAGAUCAUAGAAGAGCAUUUUAAAGCCAUGUGUGUGUUUUGCCAGUAACUCUGAAGUCUGCAAACACAAAAACAAAAGAACUCAAAAAAGUAACUGACAACUUCAGAGCAAACAAAGGGUAACAAAAACAAAACAAAUUGAUGAAAAAAAUGAAAACGAACAACAAAACACACAAAACACUAAAAAAAAAAUACAAAUAAAAAAUAAAAUCAAAACAAAACAUAAAAAGAAACAUUCUUGAGAUAUGAAAGAAAA